GAAAUGAUAUUUAUCAUGAAGAUGAAGUAGAAAUUAGUGAGUCGGAUAAUGAACUUGAAAAUGAUUUGCCAUUAGAAGAUUUAGAGUUUAAUGGAUAUGAUGAAGAAUUACCAAAUUAUGAAAAU